AUGGGCGCUAACCUCGAGGUCUUCAAGUUUGCCACCUACCUCUUCAUCCCGCUCUUCGCCAUGGUCCACUUUGGCGACCCCAACUGGUAUGAGCACCACGUCCAGCCUUACAAGGAGAAGGUCUGGCCUGCGUACGAGUCUACCAACAAACCCCCAAAGACCAGUGCCGACUUGCACGUCGAGCUCGACCGUCUCAAGAACGAGCGUCGCGCGCGUGCUGGUCUCGCUCCUCUUGCUCACUCUCAUGCCUCUUCUGCUGCUCCUGCUGAGAGCAGCGUGUUGGCAGCCGUUGGCGACAGGACAGGAUCCAGCUGGGCUGAGUCGUCGGAGAAGCGUCUCGUGUAA